UAGUAGAGUUGAAUUUUAGUCACGUUUCUAGAUUGAAUUUAUUAGUAAAAAUAUACAUGUAUGUUCUUUCCUUUGAGAUAAAAAGAAUGCACUUACUUAUUUUCAUUGGGAAACUUUAGUUAAGCAUAUAUUUAUGUUGAAUUUCAUCUAUGAUAUGCACGUUGCAAACCGGAAGUAGUUGACCCAUAGCCAUUUAAUGUCCUUUUUAGACAGUGGUCAGUUUUGACCAGUAAAAUACUUAUUUACAAAAUUUACUCGUAACUCUCGAGUUUUACCCGUAUUUACAUCGAUGUUGUCGGUCAAGGUCUAUUUUCUUUUGUUCUCAUUAGUAUAAAGAGGGCGAGUUUUUAGUAAUAAGGCAGUUGCAGCUUGAGCCGACCUCGACAGGUCAUUUCUCUUACCUACGGAACUAAAAUAGUUUCCACCAGGUUUACUUAGGAAACGUUCCAGAUAGUGACCUUGUCACUCAUUUUAAGUUUCAGAUAUGGCAGACGUCCUUGACAUUCAACCUGACUCAUACGAACUGCAACAGUUCAAUAAUGAGAUUUUCAGGCCUAUACAACCCGUUUUUAAUCCUCUCGGACAGUAUUGUCCAGUUAAAAGAUGCUGGUCUAUGUAUCGUUAUUACCAUCUCAGGGAGCUAGUGACACAUUGGCAACAUGUACAUCAGCAUAGUCGACAAAUCUACAAGUGUAAAAAGUGUAGAAAGGUUUUCCCAAGAAGAACCGUAUGCCGUUCACAUCUUAAAAAAGUGCACAAAGUUGAAGACAGCAUGGAAACAUGUAUCAUCGGAAUGUAUGUGGUUAAUCCAGGUUUUAUACAUCCCGUGGAAGCAAUAUUACCUCGUCAAGGAACACCGCCUGAAAAUGAGGAAGUUUUAAAACGUGUGCGAGCAGAGAGAGAACUGGCCACGAAGGCUAGACAAGAGAAGAGCAACACAUCAAUGGCCGUCAAAUUAUCUGAUAGGGAAUCUUCAGAGGAUAAAGUCAAGGAAUGGAACUAAUUAAAUAGAUCUGCAUAUUGAAGAGACUUUAAGUUUAUUUGUUUAUAUAAAUGUUCAUAUAUAACACUAUAAGGUGCUGAUAUUGAAUUGACAUGCGUUUAUUGUUUAUUUUGAUAGAGGGUUUUAUAAUAUGCAAUUCCAACAUUGUCUAACAAUUAAGAAUAUUUAUAUUUAUUUGACCAAUUUUCCAAGUAAAAUCGUUCUUAAGGGAGGGGGAAUGUAGUAGAGUUGAAUUUUAGUCACGUUUCUAGAUUGAAUUUAUUAGUAAAAAUAUACAUGUAUGUUCUUUCCUUUGAGAUAAAAAGAAUGCACUUACUUAUUUUCAUUGGGAAACUUUAGUUAAGCAUAUAUUUAUGUUGAAUUUCAUCUAUGAUAUGCACGUUGCAAACCGGAAGUAGUUGACCCAUAGCCAUUUAAUGUCCUUUUUAGACAGUGGUCAGUUUUGACCAGUAAAAUACUUAUUUACAAAAUUUACUCGUAACUCUCGAGUUUUACCCGUAUUUACAUCGAUGUUGUCGGUCAAGGUCUAUUUUCUUUUGUUCUCAUUAGUAUAAAGAGGGCGAGUUUUUAGUAAUAAGGCAGUUGCAGCUUGAGCCGACCUCGACAGGUCAUUUCUCUUACCUACGGAACUAAAAUAGUUUCCACCAGGUUUACUUAGGAAACGUUCCAGAUAGUGACCUUGUCACUCAUUUUAAG